ACUUACAGCCGACUGCGUGUGAACAGGGAGGAUCAUACUGUCAGGUUUCUAAUGGUCAGGGCGUUAAGACCUUCUAUUGUCAUGACUAAAUCCCCUGAAGGCUAUUGAGAUGCCACGGUGCACUGUGACUAAUGGUUUAGUCUAUAAUGUGAGUCUAGGGACAUGGGAUGCCUAUCCCGAUGGACUUCGUCCAACAUUUGGGGAAUGACACAAAGUAAUGCAUAUUAUAAUGCUAUACAAUAUGAAUGAUGGUUAUAGAAUGUUUGUAAGUUUUCUUUUUUUGUGUUGUAAUCUUGGCCCAUUAUUGUCCACGAAUGAAUAAAUCAUUAUGGCUGGUUAACUCUACUGUUAAAUAUAAGAUACAAAAUAAUACACGGAAGAGCCUGUUAGAUAAAAAGACACCCGAUUCCCUCUCAAACUUCAGGAAGUAUGAACUAGUCACCAAGCGUCAAUAUAACCACGUGCUUCUUUCUGUUUACAUUUUUACGUUCCGUGCGCAGUGACGACACGCGGGACCCCACCCCACUCCAGAGCUGUCUGGCAGCGUGUGUGUGAGAGCCCAAGAUUGCAGGAGAGAGCUGAAGUGAGGACCUGCAGGCUGCGAAGCGAGAGGCAAGUGAGAAAAACAGAGCCAACGUCAAGCCGAGGAUGGAAGACGCCGAUCAAGGUGCACAGAGGCCAGACUCCAUUGCUGAGGUAGGGGAGGACGCCGUGACGACAGUGGGCCCCCCCCCGGCCCCCCCGACCCUGACCGAGGAGGAGCGGGAGGAGCUUCACGUGGAGCUUUCAAAGGUGGAGGAGGAGAUCCUGACCCUGUCUCAGGUGCUGGCCUCUAAGGAGAGGCAGGUGGCCGAUCUGAAGCGCAAGUUGGGCAUCACCCCUUUAAACGAGCUCCGCCAGAACAUCACCAAGGGAUGGCAGGAUGUCACCACCUCAAAUGCGUAUAAGCGGACCUCAGAGACUCUGUCCCAGGCGGGUCAGAAGGCCACAGCAGCCUUCAGCAGUGUGGGCUCCGCUAUCAGCAGGAGACUAGAGGACGUCAGCAUUCGCUCGCUACAUCACUCUGCUAGCAUGCCCGUGAUGAGGAACACCCCCACCUUCAAGUCCUUCGAAGAGAGGGUGGACACUCUAAAGGUAGGCAAUGAUACCAAGAUUACGCCCACGCCGUCGCCCGGCAACAUUGAAGAGGUCAUGAACUCCACCGCCAACUCUGAGCCUAUAGAGAGCCAACCAGAGGCCACACCUCCGCCGGGGGACGCCCCACACUGAGACUCCUCCCCCUGACACACCCACCACCCCAGCAUCCCUGCUCUCUCAACUACCCCCCACCCCACCGCUAACAACCCUCCCAUCCUCCUGCCUGUCCAGCAACCUCACGCCACUCUGCCUAAACCACAAAAAAAACACACAAGCCAAACCGCCGCCAUAGCCAAACCUUCACCAUAGCCAAACGCCACCAUAGCCAAACCACCACCAUAGCCAAACCACCACCAUAGCCAAACCGCCACCAUAGCCAAACCUCCGAAAGGGAACAUUCAGCUCUCUGUCGUCAUCAGUGUGUGUGUGAGUGUGUUUGGGGAAAUUCACAUGUGAGGGAGUAUGACAUCAUCUACUGUCAGUCACACAGAUGUCCAGACACCUCAGAAGUGUGUUUCUGUAUACACACACACACACAUGGUGUAGACUGGUCACACACUAUGCGUGUGUGUGUGUGUGUGUGUGUGUGUGUGUGGCUCUGGGCCAGGCGUGUCCUGGUGUCAGGCGACGUCUGGCCUGAACGCUCUGAGUCCACCUCAACACUGCCGAACCCCACUGACACACUCCUGCCGAGGUACACACUCCUGCCGAGGUACACACUCCUGCCGGGGUACACACUCCUGCCGAGGUACACACUCCUGCAGCACGCUCAGCCUGCUCUGUGAUCUCUGAUCGGCCUGCUCUGUGAUCUCUGAUCAGCCUGCUCUCUCUUAGUUCCGUUACUAAAUCACACCUUCUGUGUGUGUGUGAGGGGCAGGGUAGUCCCACACUGGAGCGCUGGUUCCCCUUCUGUGUGUGUGUGUGAGGGGCAGGGUAGUCCCCCACUGGAGGUCUGGUUCCCCUCUGUGUGUGUCUAGGCCUAACCUGUGCUAGGACCUGGGCCAGGUGUGUCCUGCCUAGAGUCUCACCUGUUCCGCGCUCCGACUGCAGUACUGGUCUACCUGCCUGUUCCCAGGUCUGUGUUUUCACACGAGCCCGCGCUUCAAAGCUUCAGAUGAUGUCUGUACAUGGAUGGACCACGCGAGCGGUUUAUGGUCGGAGAAGAUGGAGCUUAAAGGCGAGCGGUUUAGGGUCGGGGAAUAUGGAGUUUAAAGGCGAGCGGUUUAGGGUUGGGGAAUAUGGAGCUUAAAGGCGAGCGGUUUAGGGUCGGGGAAUAUGGAGUUUAAAGGCGAGCGGUUUAGGGUUGGGGAAUAUGGAGUUUAAAGGCGAGCGGUUUAGGGUCGGGGAAUAUGGACCAGACGAGCGGUUAAGGGUCGGAGAAGAUGGAGCUUAAAGGCGAGCGGUUUAUGGUCGGAGAAGAUGGAGCUUAAAGCACUGACCUCUCUGCUGCU